ACCAUCCCUCUAAAUCUUCAGGCUUGUGGUAUCUCGCUGCCGUCUCAGGUUUUGUGAAUGUUAUGUUUCUGGGAGCUGUGAUCACAUUAAUUCAGCAAUGUGACUUGCUAUCAAGUGGUGUGUGGAAGUCCAGAGAAAAUCUUUCUGAAAUUGGCAGUAUCUUUGAGAAAGGUCUUCAGGAAAGCAGCUUACUGACUAUAUUGAAGAAAAGUUUAUGCAUGCAUACAAAUGGCUCCAGAUGUGAACUCUGCCCCAUUGGCUGGAAGCUGCAUUACGGGAGGUGUUAUUUCUACUCAGAAACCCGUGACACCUGGGAAAAUAGUAGAAUGUAUUGCUCAGCAAAAAAAUCCGAGCUGCUGAUUAUAGAGAAUGAGACAGAAAUGGAUUUCUUGAACAAACUGAAGGAUAAAGACAUUGGCUUUGUUUGGACUGGAUUAAGCUUUGAUGAGGAGGAAGAAAGAUGGGUAUGGCUCAAUGAUCCCAAACGUCCAGGGCACAGUUUUAGAAUAAAAGGAAGGAAGAAAGAAGAAAAAUGUGCUGCCUAUAAGUUGACAGAAAUGCAUGCUGAUAACUGCCACUCCUUAUACAAGUGGAUUUGCAAGAAGACAGCAGUCCUUCUGAGUAUCUAA